AUCACGCCACCGCAUCGCCUCCGCCAUUUGGACCCCCUUGCGGCCUCACCUCCUCGUAGCAUCCACGCGACCUCGUCUCGAAGCACGCCCACUCCGCUGCCCCUCGAUUCGUCGCCUCCGGCCCCUGCCUCCGCGUCCUGAGCCCCGCCCCGAGGUGCGCGCCGGCCCUUGGCUGUGGCAGUGUGGCUACCAAGAGGUUCGGAAGGUUCGCAUCCAGCGGAUCUCGCUCCCAAGGGUUGUGGAUUGGUGGAAUUUUGAAGGGAGACGGUGGUUUCGGCUCCACUCGUACCGAAUCAUCGGAAUCGGGAGCACCUGAUUUUAGGCGUCGCAGAGCACAUGGGUUAUGAGGCAUUUUUUCCAGUUCGGCCCCAAAUUCGAGUAGCUGGAUGCAGCAUAUGCAUUUCUGACGCUGACGUAGGAUGUGCUCCACCAUUUGUAAACUGCCUCUAGUUGCACACACCACCGCUGUACACUCUCUCUCUUCGAAUCUGGCUGAUGGGUAGCGCAUGCCAAGCCGGCCCGGACGGGCCUUCCUGCAAGGAUGUUAGGGGGAUGGGGAAUGGCGCCGUAGAGAAUGGCCAUGGGGUCGAAGCACAUGCGGAGGAAUGGAGGGAAAAGCAAGAGGACUUGCCCAAUGGCCACGGUGUGCCAUCGGGUGCGCAGCAAGUGGAUGAGCAGAAGGAGCAGCAAGGACGGACCAUCCUGUGGGAGAGGUUCCUCCCUGUGAAGACACUGAGAGUCUUGCUAGUGGAGAAUGAUGACUCUACUCGUCAGGUGGUCAGUGCUCUGCUCCGCAAGUGCUGCUAUGAAGUUAUCCCUGCUGAAAACGGUUUACAUGCAUGGCAACAUCUUGAAGAUCUGCAAAACAACAUUGACCUUGUAUUGACUGAGGUUUUCAUGCCUUGUCUAUCUGGCAUCGCUCUGCUUAGUAAGAUCACAAGUCACAAAAUCUGCAAGGACAUUCCUGUGAUUAUGAUGUCUUCGAACAACUCUAUGGGUAUGGUAUUUAAAUGUUUGUCAAAGGGAGCAGUUGACUUCUUAGUAAAGCCACUACGUAAGAAUGAGCUUAAGAAUCUUUGGCAGCACAUAUGGAGGCGAUGCCACAGUUCCAGUGGCAGUGGAAGCGAAAGUGGCAUCCAGCCACAAAAGUGUGCCAAACCAAAGGCUGAUGACAAGUAUGAGAACAACAGUGACAUCAGUCAUGAUGAUGACAAAGACGAUGAUGACUUCAGUAUUGGACUCAAUGCUAGGGAUGAUAGUGAUAAUGGCAGCGGCACUCAAAGUUCAUGGACAAAGCGCGCUGUGGAGAUUGACAGCCCACAACCUAUGUCUCCAGGUCAACUAGCUGAUCCACCUGAUAGUACAUGUGCACAAGUUAUUCACCCCAAAUCAGAGAUAUGCAGCAACAAGUGGUUACCAACUGCAAACAAAAGGAACAGUAGGAAACAAAAAGAAAAUAAUGAUGAACCCAUGGGAAAAUACUUGGAAAUAGGCGCUCCUAGGAAUUCAAGUUUAGAGUAUCAAUCUUCUCUCAAUGAUAUGUCUGUUAAUCCAAUAGAAAAACGUCAUGAGACUCACAUGGCCCAAAGAAAAUCUAAAAAUAAAGUAACGGAAGGAAAUGAUGCUACAAACAUGCUGGCCGAACCAAAUACUCAAACUGCUGAUUUGUUUAGCUCAAUAGCCAGAAACACAGAAGCCCAACAGGCAGUAAGAAUAACAGAUGCACAUGGUUGCCCUUCCGAGAUGCCCGAUGGGAAUGAUGAUUCUCGUAUUGAUAUGACAUCCAAUGAGUUGGGUUUGAAGAGAUUGAAAACAACUAGAGCUGCAUCUGAAAUCCAUGAUGAACGAAAUAUUCUGAGAAGAUCAGAUCUUUCAGCAUUCACCAGGUACCAUACAUCUGUGGCUUCCAAUCAAUGUGGAACAAGAUUUGGGGAAAGCAGUUCACCACAAGAUAAUAGUUCUGAGGCAGUGAAAACAGACUCUACCUGCAAGAUGAAGUCAAAUUCAGAUGCUGCUCCAAUCAAGCAGGGCUCCAAUGGGAGUAGCAACAACAAUGACACGGGCUCCAGUACAAAGAAUGUCAUCGCAAAGCCUUCUGUGAACAGGGAGAGAGUGACUUCACCAUCAGCUGUUAAAUCUACCCAGCAUACCUCAGCAUUCCAUCCUGUGCAGCACCAAGCAUCACUGGCUAAUGUGAUCGGGAAAGACAAAGCUGAUGAAGGAAUUGCCAAUGCAGUGAAAGUGGGCCACCCAACAGAGGUACCAGAAAGCUGUUUGCAGCAGCAUCAUCACAUCCAUUAUUACCUCCAUGUUAUGGCACAACAACAACCAUCAAUUGAGCGUGGAUCAUCAGAUGCCCAGUGUGGAUCAUCCAAUGUCUUUGAUCCUCAUGUUGAAGGUCAUGCUGCAAACUACAGUGUCAACAGGGCAAUCUCAGGAAGUCAUAAUGGAAGCAAUGGGCAGAAUGGAAGCAGCGCUGCUCCCAAUACUGCAAGACCAAACAUGGAAAGUGUUAAUGGUAUUAUGUGCAAAAAUGGGGCUGGAGAUGGCAAUGGAAGUGGGAGCGGCAGUGGUAAUGACAUGUAUGAGAAUCGAUCUCUGCAACGAGAAGCUGCCCUGAACAAAUUCAGAUUGAAGCGGAAAGAUCGGAACUUUGGUAAAAAGGUGCGCUAUCAAAGCAGGAAGAGGUUGGCUGAGCAGCGGCCAAGGGUCCGUGGGCAAUUUGUUCGACAAUCUGGACAAGACGAUCAUGCUGGCCAAGAAGCAGACAGAUGACACAGCCCUUCUAACCCAACACUGUGUCUGCGUCGACACAUUAGAGAAUUAGGAAGUUUCUUUCCAUUGCUAAUAGCAGCACAUUGGUUCCCACAUUAGAGCGAUCAAUGAGUAAGAACUGCAGUUAUUAUUAUUCUCUGGUUGCCCCCAGAUGAACAUCCAAGUGCUAUGGAGUCAGCUGCAUAAUGGGUAAUGGCCAUCCAUUGUACUAUGUCAGACGUCAUGAUGGGUUGCGAUCUUCAGUUCCCUUGCACAGAUAUACUUGGUCAAGAGUUUAAGAAGGAUCAAACCAGCGACAUUGUCAUUGGAUUAUGCAUGUCAAAUCUCUAGGCUGAGCUGGCAUCAUUUCAACAUUGUGUUUUUCUUUUCGAGUCAAUAAUAUAUUUGCUUUCUCUGCUA